AUGGCUGGCAUCGACGCUCUUCUCAUCUCUCAAGAUGCACAAGACUUCGUCCCCAGCUCCAGCUCCAGCUCCAGCUCCAAGAAGCGGCGCCUCCAGAACCCCGAGGAGCUAAAGCGGCGUCUGGAAGAUGAUCUGCUGAUGCCAUCUCCCCAGUUCUCUGUCGAGUGGCUGGAUCGUCUUCAGCAGAGAUGGGACUUUGAGACGGACUAUACGUCUCUGUUCAAGAUUGCACCGCCCCAGACCCGAACUCUGACAAGGUUUUUGCGGCACGGACUGGAAGGCCGCGUUACAGGAUACAAGAAUGUCACGGUUCCCAUCAGCGGUGCCACUGCAAAGAACUCGACCAGUCUUCUGCGCAAACCGGCUAACAGGGCGGAUUUCGUCAGAGGUGCUGCCGGAUUCUUUCCCUUUGCCCCUGGUGGGCUGGAGGGCAUCGAGGCUACGGCGGCUUUGGAGGACCAGAUCCAUGGUGGAACAGCUGCUGUUGACGAUGCUGCUGGUCGGAACAGGCUGGAGAAGGUGAUUCAACUUGGUGGCGAGGGAGGAUUACUGCAAACUGCCCCAGGAAUGACUCGUGGCAUCGACUUCAGCAUCAAAAAGGCAGACAAAGACACAGACGCUGCUGAAGCGAUCAAGCAGGAGCUCGCAGAGGAUCCUGAAGAUGCAAGAGAUGCCAACGCAGAGGCCGAGGACUCAUCAUCACCCAAUGGCGCACCUGGAGACUCGCCAGAGGAUGGAGAGGAAGAUGGAGACGAUAUCGACGACCUGCUUCCCGUGGAGUUUCCAUCUCUUGAACCACAUGGCAUUCUCGCAGCUUCGAGUGCUAAACGAGCUGGCCGAGAAUGGGCACACAUGGUCGAUAUUAAGCACGACAUGCCCAAUUUCAGAGAGCUCGUUCCCGACAUGGCUCGAGAAUGGCCCUUUGAGCUGGACACGUUCCAAAAGGAAGCCGUGUACCAUCUCGAAAACGGCGACUCGGUCUUUGUUGCAGCACAUACGUCUGCCGGAAAGACUGUCGUGGCUGAAUACGCCAUUGCGCUGGCGGCCAAGCACAUGACCAAGGCCAUCUACACAUCGCCCAUCAAGGCUCUCAGCAAUCAAAAGUUCCGUGAUUUCAGACAGGAGUUUGACGAGGUCGGUAUCUUGACGGGUGAUGUGCAGAUCAACCCCGAGGCCAGCUGUCUCAUCAUGACGACGGAGAUUCUGCGAAGUAUGCUGUACCGCGGAGCAGACUUGAUUCGUGACGUCGAGUUUGUCAUCUUUGACGAGGUCCACUAUGUCAACGACUAUGAACGUGGUGUCGUGUGGGAAGAGGUCAUCAUCAUGCUUCCGGAGCACAUUUCGCUCAUCUUGCUUUCCGCUACCGUGCCCAACACGCACGAAUUUGCCUCUUGGGUUGGUAGAACCAAGCAGAGAGAUAUUUACGUUAUUUCCACGGCCAAGAGACCGGUGCCCUUGGAACACUAUAUUUGGGCCGGCAAGGAUAUUCACAAGAUUGUGGAUUCGGACAAGAAGUUUCUUGAAAACGGCUGGAAAGACGCUCACAAGGCUACGCAGAGCAAAGACAAAGCACCCGCUACUGGCAAUGCCAUCGCCGUUAGGGGAGGCAAUCAAGGAGGCAACCAGCGAGGUGGAAGAGGUGGUAACCAAAGAGGCGGUCCACAGCAACGAGGAGGCAGAGGUGGUGGUGGCGGUGCUCAGCAGAGAGGACGAGGAGGACCUCCUCGAGCCAGCCACAACCCUGGACACAUGGGACGAGCCGGAAACCCUGGCGGGCGAUCAAGCGCUGCCCAAGACAAGAACCUGUGGGUUCAUCUGGUUCAGUUCUUGAAGAAGCAGACACUUCUGCCGGCUUGUAUCUUUGUCUUUUCCAAGAAACGAUGUGAGGAGAAUGCGGAUGCUCUGAGCAACCAGGAUUUCUGCACGGCUACUGAAAAGAGCGCCAUCCACAUGGUGAUUGAAAAAUCAAUUGCUCGUCUAAAGCCCGAGGAUCGAGUCCUUCCGCAGAUUAUCAGACUGCGUGAACUUCUUAGCAGGGGUAUUGCGGUGCAUCACGGUGGCCUGUUGCCCAUUGUCAAGGAGCUGGUGGAGAUUCUAUUCGCCAAGACCCUCGUCAAGGUCUUGUUUGCCACCGAGACCUUUGCCAUGGGACUCAAUCUGCCUACGAGAACCGUGGUGUUCUCCGGAUACCGCAAGCACGAUGGCCACUCGUUCCGCAAUCUCCUGCCUGGUGAAUAUACACAGAUGGCCGGUCGAGCUGGUCGUCGAGGUCUGGAUAAAGUUGGCUCGGUCAUUAUCGUGCCGCCUGGCGGAGACGACGCACCCCCCGUUGCUGAGCUGCGUAAUAUGAUUCUGGGAGAGCCUUCCAAGCUCAGAUCUCAGUUCAGGCUGACGUAUAACAUGAUUCUCAACCUGCUGAGAGUGGAGGCGCUCAAGAUUGAGGAGAUGAUUAAGCGAAGUUUUUCAGAGCAUGCCACACAACAGCUGCUGCCGGAGCACGAGAAAGACGUCAAACUGGCCCAGGCCGAUCUUGCCAAGGUCAAGAGAGAAUCUUGCGGCAUCUGCGACGGCGUGGUGGACGAGUGCCAUCAGGCUGCCCAGGACUACAAGCGACUGACGACAGAGCUAUACAAGGCCCUACUACGGAUUGCCAUUGGAAGACGGAUGUUUACGCCGCAGAGACUCAUCGUCUUCAACUGGGAGGGCAUUCGCACCGCCGGCAUCCUGCUCGCCGAAGGCAUGAGCCCCAAGGGCAGCUUCGACGACCCCAUCCUGCACGUCUGCGCCAUCAAGCCCCUGAGAGAGCGCCGCGACGCAACCGACCAGCUGCCCUUUAUCCCCGCCUUCCGCAAAUACCUCCCCCGACUCCCCCAGGGCAAGAAGCGACUGACGACUAAGAACAUGUUUGUCCCCCUGAGCGACGUCGAGUGCCUCACGCGGUGGGUGCUCAAGGGAGUCGUGCCCGAGAUCUUCAAGGGCGGCAGCGGCGCCGAGGACGCGCGGGACAAGAUCCAGGAGAUUUGCGCAAACUGGGACGAUCGGUGGGAUGAGAUGGACAUGGGCAAGGUGAAGAGCUUGCAGCUGCAGGAGAUGAUGGAGAAGAGGGUGCAGUUGGCAAAGACGAUGGCGAAUUCUGCGGCGGUCAAGUGCCCAUCGUUUUUAAAGCAUUUUGCCAUGUGCCAUGACGAGUGGCUCAUCAAGGAGCACAUUGCCCAGCUAAAGCAGUCUCUCUCCGACCAGAACCUCCAACUGCUCCCCGACUACGAGCAGCGCGUCCAAGUCCUCAAAGAGCUCGACUUCAUCGACGACGCAACCCGCAUCCAGCUCAAGGGCAAAGUCGCCUGCGAAGUCCACUCGGGCGACGAGCUCGUCCUCACAGAGCUCAUCCUCGACAACGUCCUGGCCGACUUCGAACCCGCUGAAAUCGCUGCCCUGCUCUCCUCCUUUGUCUUCCAGGAAAAGACCGACAACGAGCCCACUUUGACAGGCAAUCUCGAACGAGGUCGCGACACCAUCAUUGCUAUUUCCGAAAAGGUCAACGACGUGCAGACGCGCCUGCAGGUGAUCCAGUCCAGCGAAGACUCCAACGAUUUCACGUCACGGCCUCGUUUUGGCUUGAUGGAAGUUGUGUACGAGUGGGCGCGGGGCAUGAGCUUCAAGAACAUCAUGGGGCUGACGGAUGUGCUGGAGGGCACGAUUGUGCGGACGAUUACAAGGCUGGACGAGACGUGCCGGGAGGUGAAGAAUGCGGCGAGGAUCAUUGGCGACCCGGAGCUGUAUCAGAAGAUGCAGACGGCGCAGGAGAUGAUUAAGAGGGAUAUUACAGCGGUGGCGAGCUUGUAUAUGUGA